AUGACUCUCCUCGUGGUGCCUCUCCCAUCCCACAACGAACGACUGAAUGAUAUUUCGACGCUGGUGAACGCCAAUCUCCCCGAGUGGAGACCCUUUACUGUGCUGCGUGGGGGGGAGCCUAGAGGUUGCGCUGGAUGGAAUCCGGCCAAGCCCGAGUCCGAAGAUCCAGUUGGAUGCCUGAAAGCGAGGCAGUAUGGACAGACUCAGAGGGUGUUGGAGAGAGAGAUCGCACAUGAACCAAUGCAUUGGCGCUGCACUAUUGAGCAUAAUCUGGAUACCCUCAAAAACAUGAGCAAAUGUUUCUUGCCAGUAUCUGACCCCAAUUUUACCCCAUGCCCUGAGAGGCCUCUCGUCAUAUCCGGCUGGUGGUAUACUGCGGUAGUCCUAGCAGGAGGCACUUCCGGCGAAACUAUUUGGCAACGGUCUAUCGUCGACCGGUUGGAAAAGAUGGGUUACUUCUGGCUCGCAUUCGGCCCUUACGAGAAGUGGAUUCAAGUCGCGGAAAUGAUGCCAGACGUCUAUAAGACUCUUUGGGGCGCAGACACCGAGGUUGUUGCAUGCGCUACGGAUCCUCGUUGUGUAGCCAAAGAACAUUACGUUCCCCCGGAGGGUUCCGAGGACCUCUCAAUUGGUGUCCCGGAUGAAGAGAGAGGAGUGAUUCCUCUUUGGGCUCUGAACGUCGUGGAUUAUGUGCGCGCUUUUCCUCUGACUGUCAACGUAAGAUACAGGCUGGCAUUUCUCUAG